GACUCAUCGAAUGGAUCUUCCACAUAUCAAAUUGAAAUGCUCAAAUAUAUUAAGAAGACAUAUCCUCAUGUCGAUGUUAUAGCUGGAAAUGUAGUUACAAAAACGCAAGCGAAGCUCCUCAUUGAUGCUGGUGCGGAUGCGUUGCGAGUAGGCAUGGGCAGUGGAUCUAUUUGCAUCACACAAGAUAUAAUGGCUGUGGGACGAGCACAGGGCUCCGCGGUCUACGCAGUCUCCUCGUAUGCAAAAACAAGAGGUGUUCCGGUCGUAGCUGAUGGCGGAAUUCGCGACGUUGGCUACAUUACCAAGGCUGUAGCUUUAGGUGCAAGUGCAGUAAUGAUGGGUGGUCUUUUGGCUGCUACUACUGAGGCGCCAGGUGAGUACUUCUGGGGUCCAGGUGGUGUGCGGGUGAAGAAAUACCGUGGUAUGGGUUCAUUGGAUGCCAUGGAAGCACAUGCAUCUAGUCAGGAUCGCUACUUUACAUCGGAUUCGGACCAAAUAAAGGUCGCUCAAGGAGUGUCAGCUACAAUGAAGGACCGUGGUUCUUGUCACAAAUUUUUACCAUACCUUGUACGAGGGGUCCAGCAUGGAUUUCAGGAUAUUGGUGUUCGCUCAUUACAAGAACUCCAUGAAAAAGUAGCUUCCGGUGAAGUGCGUUUUGAACGGCGAUCACCCAAUGCUCAGCUCGAAGGUGGUGUGCAUUCAUUGCACUCGUAA